GGACGCACCGGAAGUGAUGCGACCGUCACCGGAAGUACUAAAUAGUUACUAAAGUUCUGGCCGGAAACGUUUGCUGAGUGUGCGGCUGCUUGGCGGGAAGGUUCAUACACGCCGGGCAUAAAGGUAUAGCCAGCAAAGAUGUCUUCUACAUCACAGAAACACAGAGACUUUGUGGCAGAGCCCAUGGGGGAGAAGCCGGUGAAGGCUCUUGCUGGCAUUGGUGACGUACUGGGAGGAAAGCUUGCUGAUAAGGGCUUUGACAAGGCGUAUAUUGUCUUGGGUCAGUUUCUCGUGCUAAGGAAAGAUAUAGAACUAUUUACAGAUUGGCUGAAGGACAUCUGUGGCGCCAAUGCAAAGCAAGCACGUGAUUGUUCUUCCUGUCUGAAAGAAUGGUGUGAUGCUUUCUUGUAAGACUGUUGCCUUCCAAAGUUCAACCUCUGAAGUCCAAGAACAUCCAUGUCUUGUGCAACCUGCAAUAUCCAACUAUGAGCAAGAAGCAUUCAAUUGCCCCUAACUAAAAGACCAGAUGUACAAAGAAGACGACGUGCCUCUGGUCACAACAGCUCCCUGUAUUCCUAGAGCUUCUGAUCAUUCAUGAGCCUUUCCAUAUUGUAGAUAUAAUUGUAAUGUCUCUUUAUUCUGACAAAAAAAAUCUUUUAAUGUUUCCAAAGAAUAGCCCAUUGCUGCUUUAUCUUAUUUAAAAAAAAAAUCACAGGAUAAUCGGUUAUUGAAUCUGACACAAAUUAAAGGGGUUAUCCAGCAAAUGAUAACAUAUCCUUUGGAUAGGUCAUCAUUAUCAGAUCAGUAGGGGUCCACCCCGGCAUCUCUCCAUCCACAGCGAUGUACAUAGCACAGCAACUCAGCCCUAUUUACUUAUAUGGGGCUGAGCUGCAAUUAGGCCAUGUGUCCGAUGUACGGUGACUUCACAUGGCCUAGGAAGAGGCUGUGGCCCGCUCUCAGAUCUAAUAUUGUUGGUCCGCCCCAUCAAUAUAAUCUACUGGAUAACCCUGUUAAGAUUUCAAACUGACACACUCAUAAAGCUUUGUUUUCAUGUUGUAUAGUUUUCAUGCUGAUUUUUGCCAGCUUUGUAUGCUAGGCUGCCUCCAGUUAGCUGGUUAUCAGUACAGUAUGAAAAAUCUGCAGUUUAUGUAUUGUGAAACCCUAUUUAUUUGCUUUUUACUGUAGUUUGUUGCAGAAUCCACACUGAGACCCUGAACAGCAGCGUAUGAACAUGGCCUAAGGUUACCUGCACAUGGUGCAGAUUAUGCACAGUUUUUCCAUGAAGAACAACCUUAGCGUAAUACAGUACCAACAAAGCGUAUGCGAUUAGACAGAUCUCAUGUUUACUUUGCUUCUUUCCUGCUGUACUGAUUUCACGCAUUGCAAUGUAAGAGUCAAAUCUGUGGCAAAGCCACAUCAAAUCCGCAAGUUACACAUGUGGUUUUUGGUGCAGAAAUGCACAAAUUUCCACAGAAUUUCUAUUAGACAGCCCUACCCGUGUGCAGAAAGCCUUAGACCACCUGCACGCGGUUCAACGCAGAUGAGAUCUGCAUAAAUUUCCGUGUGGAUUUAUCUGCGUUUUUACAGCAUGUCCACACCAAACUGCGCAAUGUCUAAUUGCAGAUUUUUUACCGCAGAACUCUCCUUUUUCAAUUAAAUCCCCAGCUAAAACCGCAAACAUAAUUGACAUGCUGCAGAUUUGGAAAUCCGCACUGCAGGUCAAUUUCCGCACUGAAAAAACCGCAACGUGUGAAUGAGAUUUGGGUAAUUUUGUACACUUUGCUGGUACUGUAAUACGCUGCAGUUUUCCUGCACGGGAAUCUCUGCAGAAAAACUGCAAGUGUUCCGCAACAUGUGCAGGUGGCCUUAGUGUUUCUGCUUCUUGCAGUGCAUCAGUCUACCCUAAUUCUGGCUGCCAUCUUCAUAGUUUCUCUGCAGUGCUGGUUCUGCUGGAGUUUCACACAUUAUGCUUUGUGUAUUCAGUGAAACUUUGACCUUGUUUAAUGGACAGAUAUAUGCACGAUGGCUUACUCUGCUGCGUCCUGGUAAAUACAAUAAAUCAUAGCCUGUUAUAGGGUUUUAAACAUUUUAAGCUAUUUUUUUUUCUUUGUGCACCUCUCUUGCCCUACGUUAAACAUCUGAUUGCCAUUUCCUAUCUUCUAAAAUUUUAAAAUUUUCACGUGCAGUUAUAGGGACUUCAAGGUAGAAUUGCGAAUGCGAUAUAGAAAAUGUACAAGUAAACCUCAUCAUUAAACUGGUGCAUUUCACUCUACAAUAAAUGGGUUGUGUUGAUUUUAUAGUUAUAGAAAGUUUGGAUAUGUUUACUUUAAGCAGUUCCUCACCGGCUCAGAACCAUAAGUAGGAACAUGGUUUUUAUGAUGAGAACAUUUGCCUGCUCUUGUAACCUUCUCAUGUGUUACCUCUACAUGUUUGUUCUGGUUUUAAAAUUAAAACAGUACAAAAUUC